AUGUAUGGAGGUUCUUUGGGAAGCCCUGUAAACGGAGGCGCCUUCAGCAGUGGCGGCAGCUUCUCUGGAGGCGGCAACCCAAGAGCUUCUGCAUUUGCGCGAGCGUUUGACGUGGAGGAGCAGGCGCCUGGUCCCAUCCGACAGGUUCGCGGUAGGCGUGACGGCCCAUACGAGCUCUUGGUCGAGGCUGAUGCCGACUACAAUGGCUUCCCGAGAUAUUCGCAGUACGACUGGGAUGAGCCAGAUUGGGAGCACGACCAGUUUGAGGGGCCCCAAACAGUGGGCUCUGCUAUCUUUGUGCGGAAUCUGCCGCCUGGGGUGGAGGGACAGCAACUGAAGCACCUCUUUGAAGAGGCCGGGCAGAUAGCCAACAUCCAGGUGGAUCAAGGGCCGCUGCCAACGGCGACCAUCGGCUAUGUGCGGCAGGGCGUUGCCUUCGACGCCGCGGAGAUGUUCCACGGCCGAUGGCUUUUGGGACAGGAGCUGAAGGCUGCCUUCACUCCAAAUGGCAGGUUCAUGCCAGAUUCAGACAGUCACAUGUGCUUUUAUCCCAUACGAGCUGACGUGAUUAUUGGCGUGCAGGAUGGGUGGGUGGACUGGGGACGCCCCGGAAAAGGAGCAGGAAAGGGGAAGAAAGGGCGUGUGAAAGGCGGCACCUACAGCCCAGGCAAGGGAAGCGCACCUGCAGGAGGCCUAAUCCUGCAGCUUUAUGCGCAGAAUAAAUCUGUGGGAGAAGUUGGCGAGCGUGUCUCCAUGCGUCUCACUAUUUGCGCACUCUGCCGGGAUUCUUACCAGCUCUCUGGGAAAGGUCCUGGCUUCGAAAAGGAGCAGGUCAGGCGCAUCGACCUGGAUGAUGUGGAGGUAUUCAUGUCGUUGCAGGAUGCAUUCGUGCUUGAACACCAUUCGCUGACUAACAAGGUUUACGAAGAGGUGACGCUCCUCGAUUGGAAGCAUAGCCUGGUUUGCCCGAGAGAGCUUCUGGAAAAGCCAGGGGGCCGACGCGAGCAAGUCGUGAGUAUCGUGAAACAGGACCACCGGUACUACCGCGACUUGUACAUAUUGCUCGCACGAGAGGGCGACCGCGAGGCUGGCUACAUCAUGUACCAAGUGCACAAGGGGAAGAGGAAGGAUGCUGCUCCGUCGGCAUAUGUUGAGGUCAAGCAGAUUUUUGUUGAAAUGGAGCUACGGAAGCGUGGAUUGGGCAAACUCUUGGUGGAUGGUAUGAUGCAGGCAGUUGAAGGACAAGCAUGCCAAAAAAUUCGUCUCAGUGUGCUGGAUUUGAAUGAUGAGGCUACUAAUUGGUAUCGCAAACAAGGCUUUGUGAUGAUUGGUCUCGUUUGGGAGUAUAUUGGUCCGAAAGAAAAGUCACUGCUGGUUGCCUACCAGGCCUUGUGA